AUGAAAGUAAUAAUUCUCCUUGGGCUCCUUGGAGCCACACUGGCAGCCCCACUUGUCCCACAGCGCCUUGUGUCAGCAAGCAACAGCAAUGAGCUACUUCUGAAUCUUAAUAAUGCUCGGCUUUUGCCACUACAGUUUCAGGGCCCAUUUAAUUCAUUGACUCCUCCUUUCUCUGGGAUCCUGCAACAUCGACAGCAGGCUCAAGCUCCUGGACUGUCCCAGGUCUCUUUGCCAACCCUAGAUCAAUUUGUUGGACUGUUCCCAAAUCAGGUACCUUUCCCAGGACAAGCCAAUUUUGCCCAAGGACCUCAGUGGGCCCAGCUAGACCCCUCACAGGCUCAAAUACCACUGCAGACCCAACAGGGCCCUAAUCACGUGAUGCCUUAUGUGGUCUCCUUCAAAUUGCCCCAAGAGCAGGCACAGACACUUCAGUACUAUCCACUGUACGUUUACCUACCCUGGGAGCAAGCUCUACAAACAGUCACCUCUACACAAUUACCUCAACAAGCAGGACAGCAGCAAAUUGAGGUGCAGGUACCACUUUAUACUCUAUUUGAAUAUAUUCCACAACAAGCAGAACCUGUUAUACCAGGAGGACAGCAACAAGUAGCCUUUGAGCCUCUUGUAGGCACAGCCCCUGAAAUUGCUCUCCUGCCAGCAGGAGAAGUGGUGCCAUAUUUACAAAAAGAAAUGACAAACUUUAGGCAUGCCAGUGCAGGAAUUUACAGGCCUUCAACUUCACCAAAACCCAGCACAACCCAUUUUUUCACUUCUGCUGUAGACCCAACUAUUACCCCAGAGUUCAUGGAAGAAAAGGCCAAGACUGAUAGCUUAAGGGAACCAUAA